UCCAACUGUAUUUGUCGUCAUGUAUUGUACACUAUAGUAUAAAGUGCUGCUACUGUUUCUUCUUCUUCUUCUUCUUCUUCUCCUUCUCCUUCUCAGGGUUUAUGCUUUUCCUCCUCUUCCUCACACUGCUUAGACACCAUUCCUCGUGUCGUCAAUCGUUUCAAUCUGAGAGAUUUCUAUCUUUAAAGAAACAAAUGAGCAGUGGUGGAAGAGCUGGGAAACCCAAAGAGGAGGAACAAGAUGGCAUGUCUGUCCACUCUCCUUGCAAACCUCCUCCUUCCUCUGCUUCUUCUCUCCCCAAGGACCAAGCACAGGUCGAAUUGGAGCUGAGAUUGUUGGAAGCUCUUGAAAAAUACCCUCCAAUGAAACUACAAGGGGUACAUCGCCACUUUGUCCUUUAUGGUCUGAUGGAAUUUCUUAGGAGGAGAUUUGACAGACCCUUUUCUUCUGAGGAGGUCCUUCAAUUGCUGGAUCGGUUCUACAACAUAGAAAUGCUGAAAACAGAUGAUGAUGAGAUUGAAUUGCUUACUCACGAAGAAGAAUUUUCCUUGCCUCAGAGUUACUUUGUCAAGGAAGAAACCUGAGCAACAAGUUUUUGGAGUACAUACAUUUUUUUAUGUUUCAACCAUUAUUCAUCUUUAGAUGUGUACAGCUGGUUAUUCUAUUGUUCCUUUCCCCUCUUACACCUCUUCUGGGAUUAUGUUCAUGGUAGACCUGUUAAGUGUUAGUGGUUCUUAUCGCAUUGUGUCUGUGAAGUUUCACCAGUGGUUCCGGGAACUCUGCUCAAAAUUGAAAUCCUCAGACAUAAUGUAGUUAGCUACAUCGGUUUGGAUAUAAUGCAGACUUUAGGAUUUACAUCGAUGAAAAACGCAUGCAAACGUAAUCUGUUUCUUUUCUUUUUCAUCCUUCAACUAAAUCGUUCCAAUUUACAAGCAGGAAUUUUCAGCAAUUGAGCAGCGUUUGCUGCAG